AUGAAGAUCAGCCUUUCGGUCACUUUUGCCACUCUCGCUGCUGGUGUCUCCGCUUGUGCUAGACAUGACGCAGCGUCACUGGCCAUCAGGAAGCGCCAGGAAGUGCAUCCCAAGGCCGAAUGGGCUUACGAAGCGUCUUUCAAUUGGGGACGUCUCGAUCCUGAGUACUCCCUGUGUCAGACUGGAACCCAGCAGUCACCUAUCCCUCUCAGCCUGAGUAAUGGGCUGGCACUCAAUCACCAAAUCGAAUUUAGCUAUCCCAACGAAGUGAACGGCACCUUCUUCAACUGGGGCUACGGGCCAGCCUUUACUCUUGCCCACGAGGAGAAUGUCUGGACUACCAAUCCCUCCAUCACCUACGACAAUCAGACAGUGUACCUAGCUGGAUGGCACAUCCACUCUCCGGCUGACCAUUCAGUUGGCGGUGACCGUUCCAAGGCCGAGAUGCAUUUUGUCCACGUCGACGCCGAAGGCCAUGAAAAGGCUGUACUUGCCUUUCGCCUGGAUCCCGGCAACAGGGACAACGCCUUCUUCAGCCAACUGCCUCCCUCAAUUGGAUUCAACGAGACGGAGAAGACCGAAGAGACGACACUGAACCACAAUCUCGCCUUGGAGAGUGUUCUGCAUUUCAACGAGUUUUGGACAUAUCAGGGCAGUUUGACAAGCCCGCCGUGUAGUGAGGGUAUUCGCUGGUUUGUCGCUCGACAGAUCUUGUUCACCGGAGUUCAGCAGAUGAGAGACAUCUUGGGGGCUAGCACAUACAGCGCUCGAGCUGAGCAGGAGGUUUGGCUGCAUCGGAUUAAUGAGUAG